AUGGAAAAGAAGAGAAAAUUCAAGCCAAGUAAGGCCAUUUUGUUCACCUAAGCUUAUUUACAUUAAGUUGCUUCAUGAGAUGUCCAUACCUUCUCCUGCAAGAGUAGCUAAUUCCUUAUUCCUUCAUUGAACCUCCAUUCACACUGAAUACUCCCACAGUAAUACCAACUUCUGUUUACGGUGAAACUCCAGAAAGCGAAUAGCGUAGCAGAGCAAACAAUAGGGACAGAAAGAUCGGCAGACGGCGACGGCAGCGAGAACUUCGAAAAAGCAAGAGUGAGUUUCAAUAAGCAAAAGAACAACUCUGCACGUGUUGCACAAUUUUUUGUACGUUUCUCUGCCGUCAUUGCUCGACUACAUCGUGACAAUGGUUAAGGCCCCGUUUAUAUGGUGGGAGGGCGUCCCAGGAAAGAGGGUCACCCUCUCAGCCGAGCCACGUUAAGCGAGUGUUUAUAUGAGGAAAAAAGUUUCUCCCUUUUCCCGAGCCAGUGGCGCUCGCACAUGCUCUGACCGUCUCGGCUUUACUGAGUUAAGGAGAAAAGGUAGCCCAGUCAGGAGGGUGAACCUAAACGUUUUUAAGAAUUUAAAGACUGAAAGAACGCGAAUUCAUUUUUUUAUGCGACCUUUUGCCGUCGUCGCCGUCCUCGUCCUCAGAUCAGGUCCGUAAUAUUCUUUCACCGUACCUCGACCAUAACAAACACUCCUUUGGCACUUUGUUAUAUCAGGAUUCCACUGUAAACGUUCUGACGGAGAGCCCCACAUCCUCACGAUUUUCUGUGGUCUUCCACAGGGAAUCUGAGUCGGAGUAUUUGUAUGUGCCACACGUAUUUAUGCAAUACCAAUACGCAGUGUGUACGCAGUGUUUUUUUUUUUUUGAUUUGGUGUAAUUAAGGUAGAGGUCCCUUCCUUUUGUGUCGUACAUGCCCACCAGCCAAGAAAAAGUUCUUAACUCUUUUAACCUUGAACGUAUACUAAAGUGUUUAUCGAUUUUGUCUCCUUUACCUGAGUGGGGCUGGAUUUUAAAGGAUGCAAUGCAACUAAAUAAGAAUUGUCCCCUUUGAAUGCUUUCAAGUUCACGGAAAGAAUGGUUCACAAAUGGGGAAUAAAAUGACCCAGAUUGCUUUGUGCAGCGGACUGGUGUUACUACUAGGGUUACAUAAGAGCCCGUCUUCCAUUACACGACUUGUUUGCGAGGGCUUCAUUCCUGUGAAUGAAUCCGGAUGAAGUUACUUGAAUUUUACAUUGAAAUGAGUCUAACUUGAACCCAUAAAACAUUAAUCAGUCAGUCACUGGUCAUGUUGUCAACACAGAGGGCUGAUGUCGGUUAGGUCGUUAGCUAGUCAAAAUAAGAACUUUUUUUUUUGAAGUGUCGGUGGCCACAGUUUAGUUUGUUAAACUAAUAAUAAUAAUGUUAACAAUAAUAAGUUUUUAUUCAUCAGAUAAAAAUACAUAUCAGAUGAUACAAUAAAAAAGAAUUUUAAAGUUUUAAAAGUCUAGAUAUUAUAUAGCUAAGUUAUACUUAUAAAUGAACCUAUUAAAAAAGCUACUUUUGAAGCGUUCCGUGUUAAUAUGAGGUCUAACACUGGUAAUAUUCCUAAGGCGCAAAGAUGAUUCUUUAUACCAAGGGAAUAAGCUGUACAAAGGGUGGUCACUGUGUUUAAAUUUGUUAAAAAGGCGGCGGUCACAUUUCUCUAAAAACACUAAACUUUCAUAACUGAGUGAUGUGUAGCGCCUCAUAUAACAUUUGUUUAGAAAACUUUGAACGGCGUUGAGAUCUGAUACGCUAGCUACAUAAACGGGAAGGCACGGAUUGUUUUAUUCACAGAUUUUAUUUGGAUCAAAGACUGAAUUUGUAAUCCUUUGAUUGCCUAUUCAGUGGAUUGAGUCUAAAUCUGAUCACCUCAGAUUCAGUAUCUUCAUCAUUUCUUUGAUGGAGGAAACUUGAAACAAAUACUUCCUGCAAAAAGUUGAUCAGCCUCAAUUUAUUUGUUGUCAUGAUUCUAUCAUUUACUGAGAUUCAACAUUGUUUCUUUUUCCAAAAAAUUCAGCCGCUGACUAUUUCAGGGUUUUCUUUCCAGAUGUAGACUGUGCUCAACUGUAUGAUCUUUAAAACCUUACAAGUUCUAUUACUUAUAUAAUGGAUAAUUAAAUGCAAAGGAGCUUUAAUUGUGUACUUUACGAAAAUGAGAAGUGAAUUGAUGCAACAUAUAUAUUUUUUAAAUGUAUAGGUGACCCACUGGCAAAGACUAUAUUGGAUUGCCUGGAUCUUUUAGAGGGGCUCUUCAGAUGUCUUGAUAAAGAGUACAAGUAUGGAUCCUGCAAGUGCUGGAAGCACGUUGCCGAGUAUUUUGAGAUUGAAGAACAGGAGUAUCAGAACUUUAACUGCAGCCAGGUUCACAGUCCUACAGAGGUUAUGUUUGAAUACUUGCAGACCCGGCGUCCUGAGAUGAUAAUUGGUGGUGUCAAAGGUGGAUUGCACUCAAUUUCAAGAGAAGAUGUCGUCUGUGUUCUUGUGGAAUAUGAGCAAAGUGAGUAGUCUUUUGAUUGGUGACCGAUGACAAAGUUUUUUGUUUUCCCUUUCUUGCUGCUAUGUCCAUGUCUCUUUAAGGCAAACCAGGGUGAUUUCUGCCUGUCGAGCUUUAUACAUUUCAAUAAAGUAAAGAGUGCACAAGCCUCAGAACUUUUUCAGUCUCAGUUUGUCAGUCAUGUGUAAUAUUUCAUAUUCUGUUGUUAUCUGGAACCUUGAGCAUUGUCAUGUUGUUUGAACUCAUUUGACUCUGGUAGUUACCUGUUUGUUUUCAGCUUACGACACCGUAGAUAGUGACACCCUUGUGUGCAGUUUAUUCGACAGUGAUCCAGACAUCAUUGGGAAGAUUGCCUUCUUACUGGACGUGCAGAAGAAAGGUCUAAAUACCUGGUCAGAUCUGGCUGCAUCACUGGAAAUACCGCGGGGAGACUUUAAAACGUUUGAAACUUGCAAUAAGGACUGUCCAGCAACAGAGAGGCUGUUUGAACUUGUAAAAAUCCACUAUCCACGAACAACCGUCAGGGAUUUGAUAAGUCAUUUAGAGGAAAUAAAAAGACAAGAUGUCAUAGUUGCCAUCAGGAAAUGCACUAAGGGUGGGUAAUUCAACAUAAUAUUUGAAUUUAAAGCAAAAGCGCAAAAUUCUUUGUUCCUAGUUGCUAUACAAUGGCUGAGCGAAUCCUGUAUAGUGAUUUGCCACCCAAGCGUGCAAGAUAAGCCUGGAUUUUUUUACCAAGUAAUAAAUCCUUUAUGGACCAAGCUUGUUUGGUCAAGAUGGAGCUUGAGUAAGCAAGUUUGGAAAGAUGGACGAACUUAUCUAAUAUCCAGCUUUAUUAUAUAAACACUAAUGAAAUAUCAGGUGAGCUUUCGCGCGAAAACAUGAUAUCUUCACACGUGAAAAUGUCAUGUUAUCUUCACACGUGAAAUAUCACCGUUUCUAUGGCUACAUAAUAAAUUGCGCCUUUCACAGCAAAAAACGAUGUAAGUGAAAUGGUUUGGUAGUUCAUCGGUGUUUAUAUGAACAUAGGCACGUUUUACGUGCAUGAGCUAUUUUGAAUGCUUCAGUGUGUUACGAAAAAUUGUAUUGCGUGACUUUUAAACGUGACGUUCUAGAAGGUUCGCGAGAGUUCAUAGUUUGUUUAUUUUAGGAUCUUGUGUAAGCGUUUCUAAAGCGGUAUAUUUUGUAGUCUUUCUAUAAUUAGACCAUUUGGAAAGUUCUAGAAUCUUAUUGUGAAAGUAUAUAAGUAGGCGAGUCCGAGUUAAGUUUUAACUAGUUUUCACAAGCGAAGAGAGUUUGACGUUAGUCGUGUGUGACGGAGGCAGUGUUUAUUCAAGUUGGCGGAGGCCGUGUAAGUUUAUCGAGUUACGUGCUGUUGUGGAGUUUUACUUCGUGGAAACUACGUUCAUUGUUAGAAUAAAUCUUGUUGUUGCUGUUCCGACAACCCUGCGUUCAGUUUAGUUUGCAAGCUACCCGUCCUCUAAAAGAUUACCCGCGUAACACAGUGUAACAGUAUCGGCAAUCUACUCUUUUAAUCCUAGAUUAAGGCUAUGUUUUGUGCGAAGUUGGGUGUAGCUGCACGUUAAUGAAAAUGAGAACCCCUGCGCAUAGCUGGUUCGAUCCUCAUAAUAUAGAUUCACUUUUCUGUCUUUCCUUCAGACAUCUGGUGUAAAAUCAACAAAUUGUUAAAGUACUAUAAAUAUCAACUCACAAAACGUUGCGUUAGUAGAGGGAAGACUUGAAGGUUUCAAGGUUUCUUGAUGGUUUCUUAAAAUAAUGAAGUUCGUCGAAUAGCUAAGAAAUGUCACGAUUUUCAUCACUGUUGUAGAUCGCUGCGUCAUCAUUAUUCACGAGGUUGUCACGUGUGAUUCUAAUUUAAUGAAACAGUCUUUAACUCUGACAACUUAAUUCUAAAAGUGUUAUAAGUUAUUGCUUCUUAAAAGAAAAGAGCCUUUGCUUAGGCACUAGUUACAAACCUAAAGAUAUCUUCAUACGUUCAAGUUACUAUCAUUACUGUGAAAAGUUAGAAUGAGAUGUAGAGGAUCACACAGUUUGCACGUGAAAGUGUUAUACUUUGCCCCUUUCGUGGCUAGUACGUGAGGAAAUUCGAGUUAUCACACAGUAAUCGAGCAAACAGAAUUAUAAAAAUAAUUCAUGCACUCAAUUUGCACGUGAAGAUGUUGGACUUUGGUCCUUUUACAAUUCGUACGUUAAAAAAACGCCAAUUGUUUACUAGAAAAUUUUUCAAAACGAUUUUCAGAAAUAGACCAAUUCGGCUAACACAAUGUUGUACCCAAUUCAAAUCUCCCGGGGAUAAGAUUCUUUGUGUUUUGUAUUUGCAUUAUAAUGUGGCAUUCACAUUUAAAUGAUAUGGAAAUUCCUGAAACAAAACGUUUUAUUCCCAAAGGGUUUGAAUUGGGUACAACACUGAGUUAGCCGAAUAGGUCUAUCACCUAGGCUUCAUUACAACAUCUGCAAUUAAAUUAUACUUCAUGCAACGUCAUGGUUGAUAGCCUUACAUUUAUUAACUUCCAACAAAAUUACCAAAAAAAAUUAUCUGUCAAAAAUCCGCGCUACAACAUUCAUUGUUUUGAUGUUAUGCUAAUUUUUCCAAAUUAAUGCGGACAAUACAUAUAUCCAUGACUAGUACAUUUCAGUGUGAGUAUUGUCAAUGUUUUACUUUCAAAAGAUGCGGUAAACUCAAACUAAAGUGCACUAGUCAUGGACGUAUGUGUAGUCUGCAUUAUUUUCGAAAAAUUAGCAUAACGUCAAAACAGUGAAUGUUGUAGCGCAGAUUUUUGACAGGUUCGUAGGAUAAGUUUGCCUUGAAAUUUCAAGGUGUUGCAGUGAAUCAAUCUUAAUAAAAGUUUCAGACAUUAUUAUGUACAUUAUGAAGAUUAUUUAAAGAGAUUUGAAAAAAAUUCGUUCGAAUUGUUUCAGAGAUAUACAAAAAAGCGCUAAAAGUCCAAAUUUUGAAUGAAGUUGCACUUAGACAGGUGGUGAGAAAACGGGUUAGAUUUCAAGAUCGCAAAAAAGAAAACACACCAAAAUUUCCUACCAUCGAAAUAUGAUAUUAAGCAGCAUUCUGACGCUACUUAAGAAUAAUUUGAGUCAUUUAUCACGACUAUUGAAAAUUUAAGGUUUGAAACAUAUUUUCGUUUUAGUUGAAUUCAAACGUACAGAUUUUUUUACUUCUUACGGAGGUUAUUUGCUAAACACCAAACUUUAACUUCCUAGUGUUGGAUUUUCAGUAGCUGGUCCAGAUCACACAAAAUUCGGCUUUUAUCAGUUUCAAAAGUUUUUUGUUUAUUGUUAUCAUAGUAAUAUCGAUUUUAUUAAAACCUACAUUUUGACAAAUUUCAAUCUACAGUCAAUCAUUGGUGAAAAUUUUAUAGCGAUCAGACAAGGGAAAAAAACAUUUUAAGGCGAUUGAAAAAUAUCUGUAUGGCCUCUGAAAAACUAUAUCGAAACACCUUAAGCAGCAAGUUUGUUUCACGUUAUUCACCUAAUUCAUGUUUUUUUUCCCUGGUACGAAAAAGGUCUGUUGAACUUUGUAACCGAAAGAAAAAAGCUUGUUUACAGGAUUAACAAUACUCUCCUUGCCUUUCAAACUUCUAAAACCACAAUUUAUAGGCCGCAUACUCCAGAAUUAAAGUCCAUAUCUAAAUUUUAAUUAUUGUUUCAUUGGAGGAACUUUGAAAAAUAUAUGAUCUUUUACACUCUACUAUGAAGCAGGUGAAACAGAACUCAUACCGUUAUGAAAUACGUGCGUUGUACCAUUCGCGUUAGCCGAAUUAGGUCAGAAAUGUCUUGAAGCAGCACCCACACUAAAAUAUGGACCCUUAAACAGCUCCAUCAUUGUACUCAGCGUUUGAAGCAUUAAGAUAUUUCAAUAUUAUGCUUCUAAAUACCUUUAGCGGUGAUAAAAGACGAAACAAUUGUGAAGAAUCAACAUGGCGGUCUUAAACUGCCCUUGUUUGACCUCAAGCCGAAUGAAUGUAAUGUUAGAUGCCAAAAUCUCAUUGGUUCCUACGCAUCAACUCAUAGUACCUUCAACCUUAUUGGCUCCUGCAACAGAAAUCCGAACACACAAAGUACGCUCAAACCACUGACAUAUGGGCUAUUUUUUCAAAAUAGCUCAAUAAAUGGAACAGUGCAUGGCCGCUUGGAGAUACGAAAUUUCUCUUCGAGUGUUGAUCAGCAUUGCAUAUUUAAUGCAAGUCACUGAUGAUGCUGAUAACUGAUCAUAAUGAUUGAAUCACAACUGCAUGUACAAAUACCUCAUCAAAUUUAAAUUUUAAUUACCAUUUAAUGUACAAAUUUAUUGAAUAAAUAAUAAUAUUGUAGCAAGGAGAACAUAAUAUAAAUUAUUUUUGUUAUAGUUUCAGAAGAUGCCUUGCUGAAGGACUUGAUGGAAGACUUGGACGUGAUGGAGAACGUGUGUGAACUCUUGAACCAGAAGCAGCGCACAAAGAGAGUGAAGAACUGGAGUCACCUUGGGCGACGAUAUGGCAUCAAAAAGGAGUAUUUGGAUGAUCUUUCACCCUCACAAGAAGAAAUCGUCUGCCCUACAGAGGCGCUAAUUCAGUCUCUUGGCGGAUCACAGCCGUACUCGACAUUGGCGGACUUAAUUUGGGCCAUACAUUCGAUUGAUAGGGAUGAUGCCCUUGAGGUGCUUAAGGUCUAUCUUCAAGGUGAGUGGAAGCAACUACUGAAAAAAUAAUAUUGUUCUGAAUGUACAAAGUCGUGCCAUAAGUAAUGACUUACAUGAAUGGUAUGUGUUACGGUAAACCAUUGACAGCUAUUGAGUCCUUUAAUUUUUGGAAAAAAGCCGUUUGAUUUAUAGCGUCUUAAGCCGUUUUGUUUACUAGAAACCACUUCGACAAAAGGAUGCAAAGCUAUUCAAGGGCAGGUUUUAAAUUUAAAAGAAAAACUCUUCCUGGUUUCCUCUCCAGUGCAUGGCACAGCUUGUAUUUUUGCGCCAUAUAUGCACAAAGUAAACGUUUUGUUUUAUUUUCCUUUAGUUUUCACUCUCUUUGGUUCUCAGUGCAAUUCUGGACUAUAUUUUUACAUUUUAUUUGCAAUAAUGAUAUCAAAGUGCAAAAAUAAAGAAACAACACACUAAAAGGGAUAGAAAAAAAGUAAAUGAAAUUAUUUACAUCACGAUACUUAUACUAAUUUACAGUAUAUAUAACAUUGAUUACAAUUUACAUUAUUGGCCUGCGUGAGAAGGUUAUGAGAGAUAAUAAUUGCUUCAAGUUAAUCUUUCUCUUUGCCAUUGUGUUUUUAAAUUAUUUACAAAUUGCGUACAGUUAAGGGGCAUCUCAUUAAUUUUACAACUACAUAUGCAUACUUUUUAAUAAACAGGAUGAGUAGAUCUAGUCGGCGUCUGAGAUUAUUAUUUAUCCUCAUCAUUCCUUCUAAUAGUGAACUUUAUACUCGAUUUACAUGUCGUGUUUCUGGCUUUUAAGUGGCCAUUUUUCUACAUGCAUGUGAAAAAAGAAUACAUUCUUAGCAGUUAAGAAUUUAAAGGUUGUCUUUCCUACCUGUAUUUGUGAAUAUCAUGUUUCAAGACUUAACUUUAAAAUUUGUUUUAUUCUCCUUUUGUGUCUAGAUGGAUGCAUUGCAAAUGUGUUAAGAUUGUGCGACUGCGAAAGAUGUGAGAAGGCCAGAGAGCAAGAGAAAGGCCACGCGGAUGGACUUUAGCCAUUGGAGAGUCAGUAUAUUGGCACAAUGGGUUUUCUGUUGCACGGCAAUGUUAUCUUUCACACACGAGUUUGACGUUCGUACUGUACAUUUCAGACUGAGUUUUGGUUUUCUUGGUUUGAUCAAAUCAGAGGUUCUGUUACUCACCUUACAGACCUACAAACGAGGUUAGAGAGAUUGUUAUUCUAUGUAGAAGAAUGGUUUUAAUGUACAGUAGAGCGUCUGGCUCUUUAAAUUGACCACUUCCGGCUGCGAAAUAUCAAAGGAUAUCAGUCCAUUUAAGAGCUGUUGGAGGCAGUAUCUGCUGGAUGUUAAAGAUGGUUUUCAUUGGCAUAUUAUAUAUUCUUGUACUAUUAAAUGAUACCAAUGGAUAGCACUAUUCACCGUCUGAACAUUGGGAUGUAUAUAAGGAGUUAUUUUGAAGGUAUACACAAGAAGAAUAACGAACGAAAAAAAUCCAAAAAGAAAAAACAAAGAAAAAAAAAUUAGUCCUUAAAUUGGGUCUAGGUAUUGUCGCUCUAUGUAUAGAGUCGAAGUUUACCAAAGUCAUUUUGACGGCAACAUUUUAAUGGUGUUCACUCACUUGGAGUUCAUGCGAUGGGCGUUGUUUCAAACACGCCCAAGUGCCUAUUGUUGAAGCAAAAUUUUGUAAGGUAGAAAUAGCAAGUCUAACUUAAGUCCAAUAUUAAGUAGGCUCGAUUUCCGCCGUUUUUCGGGUCCUGUUUUUGAUCCUCCCCGAAGAGAGACUCCCUUCGGAGAAGAGAGAGGAGCUCUUUCGGGGAUGACUUCGGCCUUAUUUUCCCGACCAGCGGCUGGUAAUCGGGCCUAAAUAUAGUUUAAGGCAUUUAAUGUAUUUAAGAGUGAAACUCGUGCAUAAUUGUAGAUUGGCUUAAAAGGCCAGUUCUAAUUUUUAAUAGUGUCAAUUAAGUCAUUUUAAAAGACUAUAAAAUCAUAACUUGUAACAGUCGUAAUAGGCACAAACAUAAGGUUUUAGAGUUAUCCAUAUUCCUUUGGAAUAGGUUUCAUUUGAAUGGUUAUACCACAGUAUUUCAUUCAGUCUCAAAAGUUAGAAAUAAAUGCUGAGCAAUUAGUACCUUGUGAAAGUACUUCUGGAUAGGUUUCACCAAGAGAGGCUAAAGGGGACAGAGAAGGCAUCCCUCAUACACACUCUAUUCCAUAGGUAAUUCGUCUCGAGUUAUUUUUAGAAUCGGGAUAAAGUUACCUCGCACGCUGCGUGGAUGUUUCGUGGAGGUUUCGCAUGACUAAACGCCGUGCAAAACAUGUCGGGCGAAAGGCAAUGAAAGCGUAAAGUGAUCGAGAGCAUUCCUUCAUAUUGAAGCGAAAUGAGUCAGCGCUCACCUAGGAAAAGGGAAUCGCUGGACUCUUUGACAACCCGUGAAAUCGGUUUAACUCGAAGUUGUCGUAAUUUCAGUGCUUUAAUAAAAUGAGAAAUUUCGCCGGUCUAUUGAAACCGGUCGUUUGUACAGUAAAGCAAGUAGGACGCCAAAUGUUAUUUUUGUUAAAUAAUAAAAGACUAAUAAAAGAAUAAAUAUCAAACCAGAAAUUGCUCUCUUCAAACUGUAAAUUAUAAAUGAUCCUGAGAGAAUAUUCCCUGCUGUACUGUUAGCUCUAUACAAAAGAGGAAGGGCGAUUCUUUUUUAAUUUCCGUUUCGCUGACACAGCUUUAGCAGAAAUCUCUCUGUAGUCGUUUUCGUGGACAAAACGAAUAGCAAUAUCGCUCUCCGCGUCUUCCGCCAUUUUGUUCUGCGUCAAUUCGUGAAGGACGCGUGGCUCUGAGCGUGGGUCAUCCACGCGGAACACAUUCGCGCUAUGUGAUUGGCUGUUGUCUAAUCCCUCUUGAGAUCUGUGGUGUUAAAAAUAACUCGAGACGAAUUACCUAUGGAAUAGGGUGUGUAUGGGGGAUGCCUUCUCUGUCCCCUUUAUCCUCUCUUAGUUUCACUUGAGUGGUCACACCAUAGGAUUUCAUCUACAGGACUUCAACUAAGUGGACAUGCUGGAUGUUUGAAACUUCAUUCAUGCAAUAGACUACGAGUAGUCCCCAUUUUUCAUCAGGGAUAGUGGAG